AUCAAGUAGUUGUACUUGGAGGUCGUGAUGAGGAUAAUCAAGUUCUGAAUGAUGUUUUCAUGUAUGACUGCAAGACGGGCAAGAUCACAGCCUUACCAUCCAUGUUGGAGAAGAGAGACACCUGUUGUGCAGUUAUUACUGGAAAUACAAUUGUAGUCAUGGGAGGUGAGAGUUAUGAUGAUCUCAGGUCUGUGGAGUGUUUUACAAUGGGAGAUUCUACAUGGAAGUAUCUUCCCAGCAUGAACGAAGAAAGGUCCAGAGCAGUUGCUGAAGUUCUACCCUCAACUAGGAAGUAUGUGUAAUUUUGACAUUUAACGUUUCUCCGUCAAUUGAUAUUAGAUUGUUUCAUUCAGAGGUGAAAUUCUACGCAUUUUCCUACCUAGACUGCCUACUGUAAGCUGGGAUUUCUGACUAAGGUAAAGUAAUAUGAAUAACAAAGUUUCUCCAAGCAACAUGCAAAAACUGAUUCCAAUGCCAUGUUACAACAAAAAUGUUUUUUGCAUAUUUUCUCGUCCCAUUUAGCUAAGUUGCAGUUAAGCUCAGACAAUUUCUUUAAACCACCCUUUGUUGCAGUUGAAGCCAUUGACAUUGUGUUGUUCGUAUUGCUAUGUACCUUGGCUCAAACAAGCGAACAUACUGGAAAUUGAUAUUUUUUUUCUGUGUCGGUGUUGUGUACUCAGGUGAAUAUGAUGUUUGUGAUGUUACUCUGAGUGUAUAUCCACACCCGGCGGGGAGAGCUUGAAAAAUAUGCCCGAAUAUACCAAAGGUCGUAGGUUCGAUUCCCACCGUGCCCAGGCAUAUUUUUUAAGCUCGCCCGGUGUGGAUAUACACUCAGAGUAACAUCACAAACAUCAUACUGGAAAUUAAUGUAAUUAUUUUAAAGUUAAAAACUAUUAGUAAUACAAGUUUACCGUUAGAAAAGGCUUUGAAAAGUUUCGCUAAUCCAUAUAGCUUCACUAUGGCCUGUCGAAGGGAAGAUGGCUGUGAAACUCAUUAGAAUAACAAUAUAACUCGUACGGAAGUUCGAGAAAUGAGAUAAACAAAACUAAGGACUUUGACAUGUUGCCCAACAAAGAUUUAAUUAUGUAUUGUAUUAUGUUUGCUGGUUACUUUCCACUGACCUAAGUUUGGGACCGUGGAAAAGGUGACCGCGUAGGCCUAAUUGAGGUGACCGUUCAAUAAAGGUUACUUGAAUAGUAUUUAUAUUAUGAAAUUUUCGUGACUUUGCCACAUGACCACUUAACAAAGG